CUAUACUAUUACAAAAUCUACCAUCAUCCUAGGCAAUGCAACCUUGUUAGUUUGUUACUAUAAAUAGAAUAGCUAACAGAGCAACAAAACACAACUUACUUUCAAGUGAUCAUCUCACUAAUUAAAUUCUCUCUCUAUAUUUAUCUCUAGCUCUCUAAGUAAAAAUGGGUUCACUUGAGGUAGUUGGAAAGACAACCAUGCACCGCUUGAUAGCGGAGGAAGGAUCGGUUCUGAUGCCGGGUAUCCAAGACGCUUUCUCAGCAGCCAUUUGUGCCAAAACUGGCUUUAAGGCUUGUUUUGUCUCUGGCUUUGGUGUUUCCGCUGCCCUUCUUGGCUUACCUGACUUUGGUUUGCUCACAACUGCAGAAGUUGUAGAUGUUGUUCGUAGAAUAACUGCUGCUGCUCCAAGUUUGUGCGUCGUUGUUGAUGGAGACACCGGAGGUGGUGGCCCUCUUAAUGUUCAAAGGUUCAUCAAAGACUUGAUUGCAGCUGGUGCCAAGGGUGUUUUUCUUGAGGAUCAAGUAUGGCCAAAGAAAUGUGGUCAUAUGCGUGGUAAGAUGGUUGUACCAGCAGAGGAACAUGCACUUAAAAUAGCAGCAGCAAGAGAUGCCAUUGCCGAUUCUGAUUUUUUCUUAGUAGCAAGGACUGAUGCAAGAGCACCCCAUGGCCUUCAAGAAGCUAUUAGGCGUGCUAACCUUUACAGAGAGGCUGGAGCUGAUGCUACUUUUGUUGAGGCACCUGCAAACAUGGAGGAGCUAAAAGAGGUGGUUAGAGAUGUGAAAGGUUUGAGAAUUGCAAACAUGAUUGAAGGUGGAAAGACUCCAUUGCACACACCAGCUGAAUUUCAAGAAAUGGGUUUUCACUUGAUUGCUCAUUCACUCUCAACACUUUAUGCUACAACCAAGGCUUUGAUGGGUAUCUUGAGGACUCUUAAGGAGAAGGGAACUACUAGGGAUGAUUUUGACCAAAUGGUUACAUUCAAUGAAUUCAAUGAUAUGAUCAGUUUGGAAUCCUGGUAUGAGCUUGAAACUAAGUUCAAGAGUUUCACCCCAAAAGCUUGAUUAUCUUGAUCUGAGUUUGAAUCCAAUCAAUCCAUAAAAGUGGGUUUGUCUUAAUUAUUUAUUAGUUUGCCAAAUUGUGGCAUUAGAAAUCAUGAGCUCGAAUCACUAUCACUUUGUUUAAUAUGGUUUUGAAAUAAUGCACGAGUCAUGCUGUCAUAUUCAACCUUGGCAAUUAGAUCAAGGUUCACAUGCGUUGUAAUCUUUGUUAUUUGGCCUUGAGUCAAAUAUUUAUAUUGCUUAAAUGUUAUUUUCCUUAUCAUGAAAUGAAUUUCAUUUUACUA